AUGUAAAUUCCACCGCUUAAAUGCACGCGAUCGCGCGAAGGGAAAAUUGAUCGAAGCGAAAGAGUGAUAAAAUGAGGAGAAAAUUGAAAAAAAAAGCACACUUCGCGGACGGGAGCAACUUCUUCCGCAACAAAUCCACGUCAGAACCGGACUUGUCGGACUCGUCACCGCCCCAGACUUCGAGGUGGCACAAGAAGCUGCCGCAUGAGUACAUAACAGUGGAUGAAUUGGGCUUCCAUCGCCGACGGAGGCCACCUGAGAUCUACACGCGCAGCAACAUCUGCCUGUACAACGCCUCUGAGCCCAGUCUGCCCUUCUCGGCGCUCAAGACGGAGUACAAGAGGCGCUUCCACGAUCCCCCAAAUCCCGUCCCACCAAGAUCACCGCUCGAGAGGCGUCCAACGUCACUCAAAGUGGCUGAGACGUCAAUGGAGACGGAGUCUGAGCACAGGAGGAAGUUUAGACUGUUUCUGGAAGAGGAGCUGAGCAACUGCCGGCCGAGUGCCUACAAAUACCCAGAGAAUCUCAAGUUAACCGGGGAAGUUGACUAUCAUCCCGAGUACGCUUCAUCGUACGUGCCGUAUUCCAUGCUGGAAGUGAGGAGGAUCGAGGACAGACCACUUCAGGAGAUCACAAAUCGCCACAACUUCCCAAUGUCGAAUGUACCAACUGAUAACGCGUACAGUCCUGAGUACAGGAGCAAAUUUGUGGAGUUCCCAGUCAUCGAGAAGAGCCACUCAAUCCCGCAGAUGACGAACAUUCGGCUCCAGGGGGAUUUCCAGGGAGUUCCUGAGUAUGCUGAGAAGUUCAAGAGUUACGAAAGUGUGAAUAGAAGCACGCCAAUUAGGAAGCCAGACAAUUUGCUUCUGGGAGGAGAAAUUGACGUGCGUCCUGAGUAUCGAGAGCAAUUUCGGGAGCCUGAGAGAUCCGCUUUGGAACGAUGUCAGUUGCUGAGGAAGGAUGAUCACUUGAAGAUGAGCGGAGAGUUCUCAAAGAGACCGCCUGAGUACUUUGAGAGCUUCAAGGAUCACAACAUCACAGCUCCACCGCUGAGAGCCAAAGCUAGAGAACCCUUCCUCAAUCUCAAAGGAGACACAGAGUUCAAUCCAGAGUACAAGUGCAGAUUCCUGGAUUUCCCUCGCUCUCGUCCUGUCACGAGAAAACCCGAUUCUCACUUCCGUCUCUCCGCCAUGCCAGAUGGAAGCUACAUUAGACGAUUCACCAAGAAUCCAGCUCCCAAUAUUCACACUCCUCCUGAGAUUAUGCCGUUCGAAGCUCUUCCAGAAUACCGCAAGGCGAAGAGUGAUUACAUUAUAAAGGAGAGAACUCCCUCACGAGAUCGCAUUCCGUCCGCUGUGUCUCCUCGGAAGGAUUUGAAUGAUAAUCUAGAGCGUCGCAGAAGAUCAUCCACAAAAGAAGUUCCUUCGUCAGCGACUUUCCGGGUAAUGGUGGAGAAUGUUGACGAUCCGCCAUCGGGAAGAUAUAGAUCUCCUAAAUUUGGCAGACGAGCUGCAGGGGGUGGUCAGGAAACUGAUGAGAAUGCCACUAGAAUCCGGGAAAGAGUGAGUGUGGUUGAAGGGAAUGCAAAGUACUCAGCAAAAGACGCCAAUGGGAAUGCCUUUGUGGUGCUGAAGCAAUCUCCUAAGCAAAGUGAGUGGAUGAAGCCUAAAUGGUAUGAGGGUGCAGCUUGAAAUGGUGAGGAUCUUCCCGGAAAUUUGUAGAAAUAUUUAGAAAAAUAAACAGAGAGAAUUAAC